AUGCAUAAUUCACAACGUAUAUCGCUGAUUAUCGUCGGUGUAUUGGCGACAUUCCUUGGAACCGCGGUGAUACUACUUCGAGGCUAUGUAUGGCACACGCGAAGAAGAAAACAGGGGCUCGAUGACCUUUUCAUGGGGAUUGCAUGGGUGCGCUCGUUUUUACCAGCAGGUACUGAAGAUAUUAAUCAAAUCAGNGUUUUCUCGAUCGGCUUCACAAUCGCUUCAUUCAUAUCCGUCAAGUAUGGGGUCAGUUUGGAGACAAACAAGCUUCCGCCAGGUCACCAGGAAAAGGCAGUUCAGGCCAUAUAUGCCAUACAGAUCUUCUACUACCUCAGUGUGUUCUGUGUCAAGACAAGUAUCAUGUGUCUAUACCUUCGCAUAUGUAAGACUUUGGAACUCCUAAGGACAUGUGCUCUGGCUUAUGUUUACAGCNNCGAAGGUUUGCGGACAUGGUUCUGGAGAGCAAGUGUCGCUACCAUUGCCCUGCUGGUAGCCCAGUUCACUUCCACCAUCCUUGUGACUGUUCUACAAUGUCGUCCCACACCGAGAUACUGGGAUCCGAGCAUACCGGGAACUUGCAUCAACAUCAAUGCCUUCUUCUAUUUUCUCAAAGCACUCAUUGCACCGUCUAGCAAGAGUAUUCCAAGGGCUAGAGAAAUCAGGUUCUCUUCCGGCAGACUCUCAUUCGUCGGAUCUGGGGAAAAGAGCAAUCUACCGUCACCGAAACAGAGG